GCCUUUCUUCUCGAAGUAUUGUAUCGAUUGGGAAAUGGCUAUAUACAACGUCUGUGAUAACCCUAAUAUCAUGGCAAACAAAUUUUGCGAACCUUUCCUCUCCAUCGUAGAUAUGCAAACACCUCUAAAAAUACGAAAAAAUACAUUGAGACAUGCACCCUCACCCUUGAUAACUCCCGUAUCAGAAAUAUGAUACAUGAGAGAGACAUAACUAAGAAACGUGCCGAAAAAGAUCGAUCUGGCCUCAGUAUAAAUACUUAAGAAACAGGGUGACCAGUGAACUCCAAAGAGCUGUCAAAAACAGAGUUUUUUUAUUGUGGUGCACAGAGGUAGAACGAAAUUCCAUUACAGAUAAGAAUAAGCUCCCCAAUUACCACGUUCAAAAAGAAAUUAAAGAAAUUCCUGCAAAAUUAGCAUCCUUUCCCGAAGUACGAUCCCUAGGAAGACCAGCAUUAUAUAUAAAUUAAUCUUUACUUUUUCUUUUUUAACUUAGUAGCUGAUAGGGUUUCUGUGUAUAAAUAUGAACAAAUGAAUGAAAAUGAAAUGACAGGAAGUGGCAAGAAUCAAUCUUUCAUUAUUUUUAAGUAGGAUGAUUGAAACGACGAGCAACAUGCCUCAUCGGUGCAUUUCACGAUUUGUAAAAAAUAUUACGAUUCCCUGACAUGUUUUGCUUUCCAUUCCUUUGACUUUGUGACUGUAAUUUCCGACGGUUCCUCAUUUAUAAAUUCAGCAUCAACUGGAUGACCAUCAAUCACCAAUUUUGACCACAAUUCGGCCAGAAUUUCAGCUGCAUAUUCAAAGUUUCUAAGUUCCAAUUCUUCGUCAAUAGUUUUGUUGUUAUUAUCUUAAUGGGUACCAAAAUUGUGAUGGGAGAGGAUAACACCACUGAAUUCCUUGCUGAGGUUAGACAUUUGUCUCUCAACUCGGUUAAAGGCACUCCUUCCAGGUGCAUUGGUGGCAAGGAAGUAAGCAAUAAGGUCAUGCUCCCAAAUAUACUCAACAUCCGGACCUCUGUCAACUGUAAAAAUCAUCACUUUACUUUCUUGCGACUGUCAGUUCUGGAAACUUUCGGUGAAUUCAGGUAAAGAUCGUGCCCUGUUCAUGUCACGAAGGUGAUUGAGGGCAGAAGAACCGGAAUGCUUUGUACUUCUAAUGGCGAUGUACUAAGGACCAGAAUAAGUAACACCGUCAUUAAUGAGAUCCUUACUCAUAAUGACUUUCAUAUCUCCAAUAACUGAAGGAAUCAUUGACAUUUCAUAUCAUUCGAUGUUUGCCAACAUCAGGGAAAAGCGAAUCAAGCGAAGAAUGUAUUCAAAAGGUAAGGGAGGUUGAGAUUGGGGUCGACGUACCACAACGUGCUUGAUUCUGCUCACAGAAUUGGGAAAUUGGUCACAAUUGAAGGUAAGCGCACAAAGCAGAUGAUUGUGCGACUAGCCACAUGGCAACAUAGAACCGCAAUUUAUAAGGCACGUAAGAAGACCAUAAGGUAUAGCACCAAGUUAGACCUGACAAGGAGAAGAAGGGAAAUCAUUAAAAGGGCAAAUGAAAUUCUGAAUAACGAUCAUGAAUCAUUUGCAUUUGCAGACAUUAAUUGCAAUUUGUGCUGGUUUAAGAGGGGAGAAAUUGGUAUAUUUUAAUUAUGUGGAAGAUCUUGAGAGGCUGAGAAACAAUGAUUUUAGAUAGUUUAAACUCGUUUCUUUAAACAUGGCUGUCCUUUAUCGUUGUUUUUUUUAAUUGUUUUUCGAAACCGUAAUCUUCAAGGGGGCUUAGAAAAUUGUAUAUUAAUGUAUUUGCUGCAAUUGCUCCAUUAAGCUGCCACCUUCCGUUUUAUACCUUAUUUUGAAUCAUGAUUAAAGAUGCCUAGAGACAUUUCGAUUACAAAUUACGAAUUUAUGCAGUAACAUAUCUAUUUUCAACAGCACGCCCCUUUUUAUUAAAACGCGAAGAUUCAAUCUAAAUGACUAAGCCGCUCAGCUUGACUGCUAGGAUUAAAUAUCCAAUUGCUAAACCGAAAUUGUGCUUCACUCCCACCUUAGUGACCACCUUUUCACGUUUAAUUACUUUUUACUUUUACAUACUAUAUGCUUGAGGUAGAGAACCAUGAAGAGCCCUCAUAUAUCGCCGGACUGCCAAAUUUUCAGUAUUCUUUGAACUUAACUGGAGUACCAUACUUGAGUGACUAUGACGUUGAUGAGCAUCUGCCUCAAACUAUUGACUCACGCUAUUUUACUGUAGCUCAACUUAGUUCCCUUAGAUAUGAUUUUCGUGAUCUUUCCAUUUUUCAUACAAAUAUAAGGAGUCUUUCUUUUCACCAUGAUGAACUUAUUAAUCUAUGUGCUUAGGCUAAAAUUAAUUUUGAUAUUAUAGGAGUUUCUGAGACAUGGAAUCAAACUCAAAAUGAAAUUUUAACAAAUGUCAGCAUGGAAGGAUAUAAUCAUUACGACAAUAAAUCGUCAAGCCAAAAUGGAGGUAUAUGACUUUAUGUCAAGAAGUAUUUGAAUUCUAAACUAUGCAAUAACCUCAGCUUAAACUGUGAUGAAUUUGAAGCAGUUUGGGUCGAAAUAGAUAAUAAACUCGGAAAUUUUUUUUUAUUUUGCUGCAUCUAUAGACAUCUUGGUUCUGACUUUUAACAAUUUACCGAAUAUCUUAAAGGUACUCUUCCAAAACUAAUCAAUAAAAAGGUAUUUAUGAUGGGCGAUUUCAAUAUAAACCUUUUAAAUUUCGAUUCUCACGCGCCUGCCAAUGAUUUUGUCAAUACUUUCUUUUUGUACAACUUCUUGCCUUGUAUAAAUCACCCAACAAGAUUUUCCUAUAACUCGUCGACAAUAAUUGAUAAUCACAAACUUGAUGAAUUUGGAAAUUAAAUAUAGAAAUAUUCUCACCCAAAUUUCCGACCAUUUCCCGCAAUUUCUAAUUCUUAAAAACGCUAAUAUGGAAUACAACAGAUCAGUGACCUAUCAACAUGACUACUCAUUAUUUGACAAGAGGUCUUUUAUUUCUGACUUAAUAAAUUAGAAUUGAGCUAUAUUAAUAAUGAUACCGAUAUUAAUGGAAACUAUAACAAAUUCUCUCAAGACAUAAAUAUGCUUGUUGAAAAACAUUUACCAGUUAAAAAGUGCACAAAAAAGAAUCAAAGAUGAAAGCAAAACCUUGGAUCAACAGCAAAAUACAAAAAAUGAUGUGAUCACAUGUUUAGAAAAAUGAAAAGAAAUAGAUCGGAUCUUCAACUCUACAGAAAAUUCAGAAAUCGGGUAACAAAUGAGAUAAAGAAAAGCAAGCUAAACUAUUUCCAUGACUAUUUCUCUACGAAUUAUUAAAAUAUGAAAAACUGCGGGUAAGCAUAAAAUCAAUUAUCUCUAACAAAGGCUCUGUCCCUGCAAGUAUUUGGAAAAUCAAGGAUAAAGAAGAAAUAAUUUCAGACACAACUAAAAUUUCUAAUACCUUUAACAAGUACUUUGUCAAUGUUGCUGAGAAUAUUACCAAAACUUUGCCAAAAAUAUAUGAGUCACCUAUUGAUUAUUUUGAUAAUAAAAACUUAAAUUCAAUCUUGCUCUCUCCAGUCGACCAUAUUGAAGUUGAGAAUGAAAUUUCUAGAUUGGACUCAUCAAAGUCUUCUGGGCCCCACAGUAUCCCGAUCAAUCUAUUGAAAAUUCUAGGAUCCUAUAUUUCGAAUUCCUUAGACACACUCAUCAAUCAGUCGUUUUUCAACAGAAUUUCUUCCAAAUAAAUUAAAAGUAGCCAAAGUAAUUCCUGUCUUUAAAAACGGGGACACCAAAACUAAGUCAAACUAUAGGCCUAUAUCGCUGUUGCCAGCAAAUUAUAUGAAAAAUUAAUGUACAGGCGACUCUAUUUGUUUAUUACUCAUAACAAAGUAAUCUACUCCUUACAAUUUGGUUUUCAGGAAAAUCAUUCAAUUGACCAUGCUUUUAUUAGUAUAAAUGAAGCAAUAAGAAAUACUCUUGACAUUAGGAAAUAUGGAUGUGGAAUAUUUAUCGACCUGCAAAAAGCCUUUGAUACUGUUAACCAUGAUAUUUUGAUUAACAAACUUGAACAUUAUGGUAUCAGUGGAGAGGCCCUGUCUUGGUUUCGGUCCUACUAUUCAGAAAGACAUCAAUUUGAUCAGUCAAUGGCGUAAAUUCUGAAUUACUAAAAAUCACAUGCGGUGUGCCACAGGGAUCUGUACUAGGACCGUUGUUUCUUUUAAUUUUUAUCAAUGACUUACGAAAUGUCUCAAGAAAAACUGGACAGUUGUCCACUUGAGCAGUUGUAAAUAGUCCUUUUCUCAAACUAGGUCGGCAAACGCCGUUUUUGUGGUAAGUGUCACAAAUCUUGUUACCGACGUCAGUUGAGAUACUUAAAACUCGAUCAUAUGAUAUUGACAGUCCAGACUCAUGAAGUAUUUCAAUUAGUUCACCUUUUUUGAGUUUGUGCGGGCAUUUUCAAUCCCAAAUAUAUAGGGAAUGGUGUUUCUUGUGCUCUUGAUUGGCGUCGAUAUUCUGCUUUGCUACUUCGCAUCCGUUUUGUGCUGUUGUACUUUAUCAAUUGUGCUAAAUUAAGUGCAACUGAAUGUUCUUAGUCAUUUUCUGAAGUCCUACCUGUCACCUUUGGGCCUUCCAUAAGCAUUUCUAGCAAAAGAACUAAUAAUUUUGGCACAGUCUCUACUUCUGCCAUUCCUUGAAAUGUCCCAUCGAAAGGGGGAGUUUUGGCAAAAACCUUUUUGCAAAUCUUCAUCGUCUUCAUCGUCACGAGAACAGGCUUCAGAAAUAGCAUCACCUAUCUUGUCAGUUGGACCCAAAAUUAUCUUGCUUCCAUUGUUGCUUGUAGAGGCUCCAAGAUAUGGCAAGUGUUUUAAAAGACUUGUAGAAUGUCCUCUGAUGUUAGGUUCCUCCACAUGAGCAGUGUAUAUUUUGACUAGAUCUGACAAUACGAAGAAUGAGGUUAUUCCUUCAUCAACCAUGCAUCGAUUUCCAAUAAUUGCCACAAGCUCGGAUAGUGCUAUAGAUUCUGGUGAUGUAUCUACUGUACCAUCUUGAUCGCUCCAAGACACAUUGCUUCUUGCAGCUCUUUCUCUGUUGUACAGAUUAGCAAGGCAUUGUGAAUGAUUUUUUGCUUCCAUUGCAAUCAUAUCUCCCGCACUAAAUUUUGCGGAAGCUCUUUAUCAUUUAAAAACAAAGCUACAUCUCUCACACGCCUGUCCACUUGAAAUGUAGAGACUUGGUGCAACGUCUUCCCAUCAAACCUAUUACAAAAAAAGCAAAUAUAAGGUUGUAUUUGACCUUUGUGCACUUCAACAGAUGACCUUUCUCCUGUAUAUCAUUCUGAGAUUUGUUGGCAUCUUUGCUUUUCCUUUUCUUGCUCUUAAGGCGCUCCAGUUUCAUUGAAUUAUAUUUGUUUCUACAUGAUUUAUGCCACUUUUCAUUUUGACGUUCAAAUAUCGCUUGUAUGCCAUCACCUUCAUCAAAUUCUUCAAUUCUUACAGAUCUUGGCAGCCCACCUAGCUCAUAGAACUGGAACAGAUCCUCACAUAUGCUUUGAUAUCCGGCUCCACUGUCUGACUUCUUUGGAUUAUUUCUGGGAUUGGACAAAGACUCUGCAGAAUCCUUCUAACAAAUUAUGCAUGCACUCCAAGUAAAUUGUGCUCUUUCUACCUAAUCUUUUUUCCAAUUAAGGUUUCUAACGGUGGUGAAAGUUUUCUUACUCAUAUUUCAAAGCUAAAAUCAUCCUGACAAGAACUGAAAGAAAGCAUGAUUAAUUUAGGCUUAAAUCCAGAACGAGGCUGCUCUCCUAACUUAAUUUGGACUUUAUGCUCUUACACUACUGAAGCAUUUAUUGGAUGAAUUUAAGAUUUUUUCUACUUACAUCUAUUUCAUAGUAUUGAAUUGUCUGUAUUCACCUUUUUUCUAAUAUCUUUUUUGUACAAUCAAUAAAAGCGGUAUACGUAAAAAGGAACUGAGGACUAGUACUCCUAUAUGAAAAUAGCAUUGGGGCGGUGCUUCAGAAUAAGUACACUUGGAUCUCAUUCACUAAAUAAUAUUGUGCCUCUCUUUACCAUGUCUCAAGUUAAAGACCCUGUGCACCCCAUGACCCUUUGCGGACUCGCAGUAAAGUUUGAGAUUUUCAUACUGUACGAAAAUGAUUUCGAGAGGCUAAGGCCUAGGCAUUAAUUCACAUUGUAAUAAUGGACACGCAAGGAAAGAAAGCGAAGAAGCGCCCAAAGAGAAAGGAGCCUCUUAAGAUGGUAUAUUUCUUAGAAUCAACUUUCGAUAUCUGGAAUAAGGCGAAGAAAAAUUAUUCACGUCCUGAGCACACUUUGAGCAGUGACAAAUUUGCGAAGUUCUUGCUGAGAUGCUUCAGUGAGGGUAGUGAGAUGGGGUUAGACUCUAGUUUUUGGGCGGAAAGAAUUGAUAAGGAGCACUGCCAUGGCAAAACGGAGAAAGUAAAGUCAGUUUGGUCACCUUCAGAACCCCAAUACACAGCACAAUUAUGCCAUCAAGGCAGUGGGUAAGUUUGAAUUUUUUUCCUUACCAGCGACAGCACGAUGCAUUUUCCAAUAACAUACUAUUACUUUGUAUUGUUGCAUAAUGCGUUUUUAUGAGACAUUUUGACGGUGAAAACAGGCCUCAAGCCAAAGGGUUUGCAAGAGUAUCCCAGACUUUUGAGGUUCCAAUUGCAAACGCUUUAAUCAGACGCUUCAAAAGUGAGCUGGCAAAAGAUUUCAACACAAAUAUUCACAGCAUUUGAAUCCCAAUAGUAGCAAUAGUUAGUUGUGUAUAGUGUAAAAGCAUUACAGUUUUGGAUUUUUUAUACAAUAUGAUAUGGCCCCUUAAUGUUGAUAAACGAGGCUUAAUUUUGUAGCAUUUUAUAUUGCUCAUCAUCUGCAAAUAGGUAUAUUACAAAUUGGUUUUAAGGAGUGAGGGUUUCAAACUCUUUCAGGAGCAGUGCAAACAAAUACAACGAGGGUACAAUCAGUAAAAGGGACACUUCAUUUGAGAGCUUUGAUGUUCUUGGUGACUGCCAAACUAUGAUAUCUAUUAAUUUCCUUCUUUUUUGUUUCAGUAUACCGUGCAUUGAAAAUUUUCAUGUCAUCAAAAAUUUUUGUAGUUAUAGGCUUUAGAGAAAACUUUCGUUGAAAAAAUGCAUAUUUCAAAAUGAGAGGAUGGCUCAUGUCUGACAGGAUCACAAGUUCUUGUGAAUGUGGAAGUGAUAACUUUCAUUCGUGUUUUUGGUUGUUGAGAUUCUUUUUGAAAAAGGACCCUUAUGUGCCAAUGAUAAUCAUAUUCAAGUUAUAUGAACCCAUUUUAAUGGACAAAUUUUCAUUUGGAACUUAAAACCUUAAUCAAUUCAAUUCCAGUUUAUUACUUAUGAAAAAACUUGACGAGAAAUAGUCACACACUACUCCUCAAAAGCAACAUAAGCUAAAACAAUGUAGUCACCAUCCUGGGGAUUCUUCUAUUCUGUGCUAUUUCACAAGUCAACGCAUUUCUUUGUCAAAAGUAAUAGACAAAGACAAACUACACAAUAGAGCUCCUAAUCUCCUGUUGAAUUUAAUAUGUAAAUGGCGCAUGGAUGAUGUUUCAGGAAGAUUUGGAAACAGGCAAUCUCAUUGGCUAAUUGUCAACACUGCUGCCUUUUAUUGUUUUUGAGACAGCAACUCAAACUUAAGGGCAACAGCUGCCCUUCUGCAAAUUCUAAAUCCCAACUGCAAAUUAUCUUGCUAAUGUGUAAACUUAAGCUCUAAUGCUAGCUGUUUUGUCUCCUAAAUUGUCUCACCCAUAAAUUGUGCUGAAAAUGCCCCCAAUCACUCUUUAUGGGAUGUCACAAUAUGUAGUUCAUGGUUCAAUUUACCUUGCUGAAUGAUUUGAGUUUUUUUAGUAAAAUUGAUGUUUUUUUAUUAAAAUUGAUUAAAAUUAUUAAAAAGAUUAUUAAGAUUGAUGUUAGGAUUUACAAUUUUCUGCAUUAGCAAAAACUGCUGCAAGUCUGAAUUUUUUGUCUUUUGACUCUAUUUUAGAAUCAACGCCAUCAAUACAAAAAAACGAAGGAGGCAACAACUGAACUUCAGUGCUAUUGGACUAGAGAAUGAAUUUUUCCCUCAUGAGGUCACACAAUCUGCUGCAGAAAAAACUAUGUUGGGGGGUACUUUUUCAAGACUGAAAAGCCUCAAUGAAAACCAUUGAUGGGGAUCCAUUUAGUGAUUCAGACUCAAACACAGAUGAUGAAGAUUCAUAUAGUAGCUCCAGUGCAAGCUUAGAUUCCAGUGAUAAUGGAAGCAGUGACUCAAGUACAGAUUCAAGUACAGAUGAAUGGUGAAUAAGAUGACAGUUCUUUUUAACUUUUCUGGAUGAGUUACAUUUCAAACCUAUAGUAGCAAGUAUUCUUUCAUUUUUCAAAUUUUAAUGGAUUGUUUCACUUUCCAUAUAUAAAACUAACUUUUUAAGGAAUUAAUACCACAUUUGAAAUUGAGACUAAAUGUUAUUCUGAAAUAAAUAUGCAACAGGUUUUGUGCAUGUUAACUCCACAAAUUUCUUAUCAGCGAAGAAUUCUUUUUCAGCCAAGAUUAAUGAUUUAAUGAAAAUCCUUUUGAAAUGAUCCUUACAGUAGGCAAAAAAUGCUGAUUACAAAAUGAUACUUGUUGUGUUGUGUAAAGCAAAUUGUUAUUGCUAAUUUGUUUCUUUUAGUGCCACCUUGACAUCAGCAAAGGAAACAUCAAUAUUCAUUGCCCAAUUUAGUAGUGAAGAUGAUGAAGGACUGGACAAAGAAGAGGUAGAUGAAAUCCAUCACACUGCAUCAUCCUAGAAAUUUAGACAGUGGAGAUCAGAGUCUGUUAGGCCCAGUUUAGACAACGCAUUUGUGUCGCAAUUAUGUCGAGUCAAAUUUAAUAAAUCAGUUAAAUUCAUGAUAAAUACGACGUCUAAAUUUAAUUUAAUCACGAAAAAUUUAAGCGUCUUGUAGCCGAAUGUAAAAAAGCUGCACUGGUGAUGAAAACCUCUUCAGAAAUAAAGAGGUUUCAGGACAAUAAGGGCUAUGGAAAAUGGUUUAACUGCCUCCUGCCUUUGAUCCAAACACGAGCUUCGUGUCAGCCAGAGCAGGCUAUGGACCCCACAUCGGUGCUAAAACGAAAUGAAAAACGCCAUAUUCAUGAAAUCAGUGAAUCAAGCUCUCCAGGCUCCAGUGAAGGAAACACAGACUCAAAUGUAAGACGAGUGUAAGUCAAAGGGUGUAAAUGAAACAGAUUUGUUUGUGCCUAUCAAUGGAGGGAAACGAAGGAAAGCCAAAAUGACACCAAUGAUGGAUUCUUUGAAAGAGGUAUUAGGCCAAGUAACAGAAGCCAUGAAGGUUGACCCAACUGAUAGGUUGUUGAGAUAUUUUGAAGAGGAAAACCACCGUGCUAGACAGCAUGAAAUUAGGCUUUUUUCCAUGUUACUUGGUGGACAACCCAAUCAACAAGCUGGUCCAAGUCAUUACCAAACAAGGGAGCAAGGACACAGUAAUUUUUCUCAUUUUCCAUUAUGGAAUUUUGUUCCCCAAGAACAAGACCAAGAAAAAGGCCAAACUUAUGAACAAUUAUUUUAAUAACAACUUUUACUUAUUACAUUACUUAUUAAUUAAUUACUCUUUCCAGUUUUUUUGUCUUUAAAAGCAACUGAUAAAUAAUUUCUUUUCUUAAUGUAAAAUGAAUAAAAAAAAUUAAAAAGUGCUUUCAAGUGCAAAAGAGAAUUUGAAAAAUUUUGUCAACUAGCAUGAACAUACAACAUUGAAGUUAAAAAAUCUUAGUUGCUUAAUCUUGUAGUUUUUUCAAAAGUUUUAUCCUUCCUUCUGAAAUAUUUAUGAAUUGUAUAUUCAUCUGAUACCUGUUUUUUUAUUGAAGAAUUUGUCUUUUAAUGCAUCACGAACUCUUUCUGCCCCUUUAUUUGUGUCACAAAGUCGCUGACAUUCAUUCAUGUGCAACGUAUCCCUUACCAAAUUACUUGGCCUUCUCUGAUUUGUUUUGUGGUCACAUGUCAGAUUCCAAAUGCGCAAAUUUAUAUCUCCUUUUCUUAUACAAAUGUUGUGGAGCACUACACAAGCAAGAGCCUUGGCUUUCAUUGUAUCUGUUGGGCUUUCACAUUUCUUGUACAAUAGACCCCUUGCUAAUGUUUACAUUUGAAAGCGAGGCAAAACAUGCGCGCGCAUGCUGUGAGGCAAAACACCUGAUGUUGUUUGUUUGAGGAAAGGAAACCAUCGCUACGUAUCGCAGUUGAUCUGAUUUCGUUUUGUGUUCUAUAAAGUUUUAUUCAAAAAUGGUUAGAAGUUGCUGUGCUGUGGGAUGUGCUAACCGUCAAGAGGGUGAAAAGAAGAAUUUAACCUUUUAUCGCAUUCCAAAAGGGCGAACACCGAUCGAAAAACGACGGCGACAAGAUUGGUUGAGAGCGAUUAGGAGGGAUGACUGGAGGACUUGGAGUGAUGAAAAGAUUUCGAAAGCGUUUAUCUGUGCGUAACAUUUUAUUUCAGGUGAGUUUCUGAAUUUUUGGCGUUUUCGAUCAUCUUUUUAUGCAUAAAUUCUGUAAAAUAGCUGCUUCGUCGUUGUGAGAACAAACAGUUCAUUUGUUCUACAUAUUUUCAUACAUAAAGAUCAAUAAAUAAUACAAAGUCAUUUGGAAGUGAUUCUCUUUAUGGAAGGAAAAACUUCUACUGGCACUGCAGUGACCAUACCAAUAGUUAGCACACAUAUGUUUGGUAUUUUUUAAACCUUUUUUCAAAUGGCAUAAAUCUUAUUUUGGACUUUCAGGGAAAAGGAGUGACAACCCUGAUGACCCAAACUGGAUUCCAACAAUUUUACAGCAUUCUACUGCCAAAGAGAUUGCUAGAGUAGAAAAUAAAAUUGAAAAGAAAGCCAGGUAUGAGGCGCUAAGGAAAAAGAGAGUAGGUGCUCAGGCUCAAUGGAUGGUCACAAAUAAAACCAACACAGAGGCCACACAUUCUUCAAGUCCUUAAAGAGAUCACAGUCCUUAAAGAUAAAAUAUCUUUGCUAGGUAAGGAGUUGAGGGCCAAGAAUGCUGAGCUUUAUAAACUAAUUGAGGAAAACCGAAAGCUUAAAAUGAGAAAAUUUUCAUUUGAGUCUCUCAAGGGAUCAAAGGAAAAACUUAAUUUUUAUACAGGUAUCCCAGCACUAUCUCUUUUUCUUUGGAUUCUGGACGUUAUUAAAGGAAAAAUCAAAAGAUGUAGUGCAAAUUUGCCCGUAGAGGAUCACCUUUUGAUAGUUUUAAUGAAGUUGAGGUUGGGUUUGCUUAACAAGGACCUAGCAUACAGAUGAAGAAACUGUUAUUUCAAAAAUUUAUCGUGUUUGGCUGCCAGGAUUAUCAAAAUGCCUCAAGAAUUUGAUUGUGUGGCCAAGCAAAAUGGAAAUCAUGCAGAAUUUACCCAAUUCCUUUAGAAGGAAAUAUCGUGACUGCAUUUGCAUUAUUGAUUGCAGUGAGGUAUUUAUUGAAAGGCCAAAGAAUCUGACUGCUAGAGCCCAGACUUGGUCAAAUUACAAAAACAACAAUACAAUUAAAUACCUAAUUGGAAUCAGUCCUGCUGGUGCAGUCACAUUUCUUUCUGAAGGAUGGGGGGAAAGAGUUUCUGACAAACAAAUAACCCUAGACAGUGGAUUUUUAAGUAAAGUUCACAGUGGUGACUGCAUUUUGGCUGACAGAGGGUUCUUGAUAGAAGAUGAUUUGCAUAAAAAAGGAGCAUACCUCAAAAUUCCAAAAUUCACAAAAGGAAAAAAACAGCUACCAGCAACAGAUGUUCAGACAUGCCGCCAGUUGUCAAAUGUCAGGAUUCAUGUUGAGCGAGUAAUUGGGCAGUUAAAGAAAUUCAGAAUCCUACAGAGUACCAUUCCUAUAUCCCAGGUGGACCUAUUAAAUGACGUUAUGGUAGUUGUAGCAGCAAUAGUAAAUUUAAAUAAAAGUGUUGUCAAGAUGUAUUAAGUAAUGUCAGCACAUGUUUUUUCCAAGAUAUGAUCUAGAAAAAUUCGGCAAGGAUUAACUCACAGUUUCUUUAUCAGGGAUGCGAUCAGUAGGAAGUUUUACCCAGUAGGAAAUUGAAAACCAAUAAAAUAAGAUUUAAACUUUCAUUUAAACUCGACUAAGAUACACUUCUCUUGCUAUCUGCUAGGUUUUGUAUGGUAUAAAAAAAUUUGACAGUGAUUUUAUCCAGGUUACGCAUUUUGUAAGAUGCUUACAUGAUUUGAUCAAUCAAAAUCAGUUAAAAAUUUGAAACUUAAAAACCUUCACAAUUAACUUGAGCAUAAUCAUGAUUGAAGCAAAAAGAAAUUUGUUAAAAACAUAUAGACCUCAAACCUGCUAUAAAUCAUCAAUUCUAACAUUGACUUAACAAGUAAGCUUAAGGAUUAGGAUUCUACAAAAGAAAAUUAGAAAUUGAAAAUCUGACUCUGAAAAUAAAUGCAAAAUAUUUUCACUCAAGCUUUAUUUGAUACUAUAAGUAAGUUUUUAACAAUGAAGAUAUCAGCUUUUCCAUUUUUUAUUGUAAAUUCAUGCACAGUUUUGACAAACCCAUCCAUUGCGUGGGGCUCUUUUCAUAUUUACACAGCUGUAAUGAUAUCUUCCUUUUUCACAUGACUGAUUUUUGCAUGUUAUCAUAUUACCAAAUUCUGGUCCUCUACAUAUACAGAAAAGUUUUCGAUCAUGUUUGUGUCCUGUGUCUAGUUUUCUUGAUACUACUUCUGGCAAUAUAGCAUGUAGAAAUUUAUUAAAUAGAGUGUUUUUGAGUUCUUCCAUAAAGUUUUUGUUUUUCAUAGUUAAACACAGCAUGGCCUCAUCCACCCCUGCAGAGAAAACAUAAAAAUAUCCAAAUUCAACACCAGCUAGCUCCAUCUGUAAUUGAAUUUGAUAGUAGUAGCGAUGAUUUUCCCUCAUUUUGUACUCAGGAUCAAUAGGAAACUUAUUAUCUUCAGCCCAUCCUUCAAAGCUGUCCUUAUAAUUGUAAGGGCAUUUUAUUUCCAGCACUCCCCUUCCAUGACAAUCACAGCUCACAAUUCCAUCAGGAGAAGCACCUAAAUAUGGUAUUUCAGCAUUAAUCAACAGUCCAGCUUGCUCAACUUUGAAAUUUGUAUGCUUCAUACCUUCCUCUUUUUUCAAAUUUUUCUCGUGCAACAGGUUCCAUCUGCUUUCCAUGGGCUGUGUAUUUUGAGGAGAAGCCUGGCCUGUAUUGCAUAAUCGUUUCAAUAAGGGAUUGACUGUCCCUCAUUCUGGCAACAUUCUUCACUGUUGAGCCUGUUAUUCUUCCAGCUCUAUGCAACAUCCAUUCUUUAUUUGCACUCUGAUCUUUGGUUUUCCAAAAAAGAUUGUCAAAGAUUGUGAAAGGACUUCUGAAAGUUCCUUUCACGAUAUUCAGUAUACAACUUCCUUCCAUGCACUUGUAGGUCCUCAUCUGUCAUAUUAAUAGCUGUAGGGUCAAAAAGACUUGUUAGUGGUUCCGGUAAUGUGUAAGCACUGUUUUCUAUAUCGGUGUCUGUUUCACUACCAGAACCAGAUAUCAUUUGUGCAUCUUUUUCAAAAGACUGAGCCUCAUUGUCCAGAAUGUCAUACAAUGGCAAACUAGUAAACACAGCUGCUUUCGGGUAUAUUUUAUGAAGUUUUUUUAGCAUAUGCACAGAAAUAGCAUCUUCUCCAACUGUUGGGUCCAAACAGCUAUAGCUCUUGUAUUCUGUAAUAUUUGUCUGAGGCUUUGGCAAUGUCUUCUUUCUUGGUUGGCUAAAGUCAAUAGAAUUGAGAGGAGCAGGUAUGACAUGUUUCUUUGAAGAUUUCCACGCACAUAACAGGCUUGUUGACGCUGUUGGCUGGUUCAAACAGAAAUGGGCUGCAGCUUCAAGUUUAAACAAAAGAGCAGCUAUAUGACUGCAAGCUGAUCCUAGCCCAGGCAUACAUGUGCAAUUUGCUGUUAAGAUCCAGCCAUGCAACUUGUUUAGACAAACCCAGACAUUGUACAUUGAUGUCUUUUUGCCUUGUCUCUGGCUAGGUAAUACCUAAAAUAAAAGCCAUUCCAUAAUGGGUGAUGUGCACCAAACAGUUUCAAGAUAUCAAAGAACAAAUGUAUCUUUAAACAGGAGUUUAAGACUAGUAUUAAUAGCAAACUUGAAAAUGCAGAUUUGUGUAUUUCUUUACAGAAGAUGUUUACAAAGUUUGGUUUUUGUGUGUUUUAUAAUUAAGUGGUUUAUAAUCAUUUAUUGCAAUCCUUUAUAGAUUCGCUGCACAUAGACCUACCAAUAGUUUUAAUUUCCUAAUCAUUAAUUAUCAUAGUAAACAAGCUGAGAAAAUUGAAAUAAGAACAUACCUCAGAUUUAAUGAAACAGAACUCUGAAGCAUCUGAUAUUUUGUGGUAAAAACAGUCAUGUACAUGUUUGCACACAAAGUAGUCAUAGGCUUCAAGUGAUUUGUAGGCUUUCAUGGACUCUUUGCUGAAGUUGCUGGGUGUAUCAAUUAGGUACUCAGUAACAUCUCUCCAAGAGAGCUCCGGUAGGUUAGCGAUAUCAUUGCUCCAUUCACUUUGAAGUGUGUAUGGAUCUGGAAUUGCUUUGCCGCUGCUGAGAGUUAGUUUCGCUCUGUAAUUAGCCUUCUCAGUUGCAUCUAAACUUUCGUAAUAAUUCGAAGUCAUUUUCAUUCGAUAUCGAAUUUCUUCUUAAACUUCAAAGAUGCUGUAUCAAUUUAUAGGAUUGAGACCGCAUGGUACCUAGUGGAAACAGCCGGCAAACACUGCGUGGAUAGGGAAAACAGCUGUCCUAUACAACGCGGACGCCAUGCUUCAAUUUUUUGCAGCACAGGUUGCGCACGCAUUUUGUUUACAUCUUUGUUCUAUGUCACGGUGCAAGGGGUCUAUACUCUCCAACGACCCUUCAGCUUACCAAAAGCCCCCUCUGUCACAAUACGAGCUCUGCUGAGACGGUAAUUAAAAUAUUUCUGCUGAGGUGUGAGAACAGCCUGAGAAUAAGGUUUCAUUAACCAAAUAUGGAAAGGAAAUGCACCAUCUCCAAGAAGAAUAGGAGGGAUGUAUACAUCCCCUUCUCUGUGUGCCACAUUUUGGAAUUUAUCUGAAAGAAGUUCUUUGUAAACAUCUGUUGAAUGAAAAACAAGCGAGUCAUGUGAAUUACCCACAGCUAUCCCAAGUUAUUCGGUAUUUUGCAUCUACAAUGGCCAUCAAAACAAUAGAGUAAAAAUUUUUGUAACUGUGGAAUUCUUUUGCUGCCAAAGCACCUCCAGGUGGACAGCGUAUUGAGAUAUGACAGCCAUCAAUGGCCCCAUAUGCACAAGGAAAUUGCCACUCCUCAUCCAUUAAUUCCAUUUCCUUUCUUAACUCCUCAUUGUUGGUUGGAAAAAGACUCAGCACUUCCUCUUCCCAGAAAACAUUAACAAUUACUUGGCAUACCUCUAUCACAAUCAGGCAAAUCAUCGCUUCACCAAGGCCUGCCAUCUCCGCUAUUGUAUAAUAGUAGUCCAUUCCUUCCAUUCCUUUUUCAAUCUGUAAUCCAUUCCUUUUUCAAAACAUUAUAAAUUCUGUCAAGAAUGAAUAAGAAUGUAUUCUUGGUGACGCGAAAUGUCUUUUUAAACCGGUCCUCUGAGUAUGUUUCCCAUACUAGUUUCCACCAUCCUUCAUUUCUCUGAAAACGUCGAGCAGAUCGUGGUCGCGGUAUAUUUUCAAUUUCUCUGUUCCAUUCAAAAAGUAUAGAACCGCCAGCAAUAAUUUGUAUAGUUUCAUUAAAUAAAUGCGUCUCUGAAUCAAAUUCGUUAGCACAGCAAACUGGGUCGCGUGCCAUCUUCGUCUGUUCUCGAGAAUCUUGGUGCAAAGCAAUAUUUUACGUCUUCUAUCCAUGGGAGCCAUUUUGUUUUACUGAAAGGGGUGGAAUAUACACCGUGGUACUUCAUGUAUACCGCACUGAAUGCUAAUGAAGUGCGGCGCAAAUGCGACGCAUAAAUUGGAGUCGCUCUUGUGUCGAUGUUGUGUUAGAUUUAAGAUAAUUGGAUUUACCUUGAUUGAAAUGCGACCUCUCAACUCGGCCUUAGCUGGUUUGACUGAUCUUGACUUGAACAGGACAUUUAUUUUCAAAAGUUGCGACAAAGCUAACUCAAUGGACCUUGAAGAAAACCUUGAUGACCAAAUCCCACAAAUUCAAGCUUCUGCAAUUGCAAAUGCCACUGAAAUAAAAAAGAAAGUGUUGCGACAGAUGCGUUGACCAUGCUUUUUCCAGUGGAUGGUGUUGGUGAGGCUUACAAGCUAAGCCAACAGCAGAGAGUAUUUGUAUCUGUGCAAAAACUCAAAGUUCUGAAAGGUAGCAAAUGCCUUCAUGUUCUGGAUAAUGGAUCUGUCUGCCAUGGAGUUUUAGAUUAUCCAUUGAAAUCGAAAGGAAGCAUUGUACAAUUAAGAUGGUGCUGUCCUUACAAACACAGUGGCUUAUGGGUAUCUUCAGAAGUCAUUGGAACAUCCCACAAUCAAGAUAUUUAUUUAAAUGACUUGCUGAUUGGGGCUUGUGGGCACGAUUCUGUCUCUAUGUUGCCAUGGAUCUUUUAACAAAUUUAAUUAUAGACAUGGAGGUUCUUGAUAAACGAGAGACUGGUGGGGCCUCUACAAAUAUGGAAAGAGAAGGCUCAACUCACAUUUUGCUGCGCUUGAUGAAGCAAAUUGACAUUGAAGAGAUUGCUACAGAUGCUUCCAGUUCUUUGAUGAGGAGAAUUUCAGACCUCAAAGGUAUAAUCUCAAACACACUAAUAUUCUCAAAAUGUCAUAGCAAAGAUUUCCACCUCAUCAGUUUACAUUUUACCCAAAGCUUUAUAAAAAUUUAUUUUGACAGUUCUGCUGAGCCUAAACAGUAUUUAAAGAAAGAUUCAGCGGUGAUGGAGAAAUUGAGAUCAGUGGUUCUUGAUGCAAAAAUCUUAAAUAAACUCAAAUAUUACACUAAAUUUCGGCAUACAGGAUUUAUUGAGAAUUUUAAUAGUAUGCUUAAAAGUUGA